GUCCGCGUGAUAACUUAUCAUUUUACUUCUAAUUUCUAUGUAUAAUAGUUAUAGGUGAACUUUAACUAAAUAUAGUUCAACAAUAGUAAAAAUGACACGGAAUAUAGUAACAUGUUACAUUGGCUUAUUAUUUCUUAUAAUUGCAUGUGCUAAAGGUAUAAAGAUCAUUCAUGUUAACAAAGGGAGCGGUAUUAUGAUACAAUGUAACGUCACUAUCGCCACUAUACAUACUGAUAUCUACUGGACUAAAAACUCAACAGAUAGUACAUUCAACGUUACUGGAAUCAACCUUGUCUUUAACGACAUCAGUAGCGCUGUUGAUGGAGAGUACAUUUGUCAUUCGAUGAACAGAAAGACGGGAGAAAAUAUCACACUUGAGACUAUACAAGUCAUGGUAAACUAUGCGGCAACAGUAAAGGCAAUCAAUGUUACACCAUCAGUAAUGCAAGAAAAUGACACGUUCACAGUAACAUGCGAGUUUGAUGGUAGUCCAGCACCAAAAUGGCAAAUUCGUCUGAAAGAUUCAAUAAUUGCGAUAGGACAUGGCAGUGGUGUACAUACAACCAAAGUAAAAACUGGAACGUGCGGGGAUACCGGUCACGUGACUUGUAAUGCGAAGAACAGCGUCAGCAAUAACUCGGCGUCCCUAACGCAAAACAUAACUGUCUUCUGUUCACCUCGCCCUAUUUGGUUAAACAGAUAUAAGCUUACAGCCCCGGUGGGCGGGUUUACAGCGCUGAUAAUGAUGGCACACGGGUUUCCGUAUCCUAGCUACGUCUGGUCACGUGACGACGGAAAGCCAAUGCGGAAUCCGACACAGACCGAUUUACCGGAAAUAUCAAUACUGAAUAUCACAAACAUACAGACCAGUGACUUUGGAAACUAUUCUCUAACAAUGAACAAUUCUUAUGGCUCGUAUGUUGCUCAUUACCAACUGCUACAGUCAGGACCGUCUAAUAACAACGGUAAUAAUGCACUAUCUCAGUACAAUAGCGAUAAGUGUAAUGUAAUAUUUGGAAUUAUCACAACAAUGGCGGUGUUUUUUACCUGCUGCAGACGACAUUAAGUGUUUUUGAUAAUUUUAUAAUAGUUCACUAAAAUGUAUACCAUACUUUUCUUUUGUAAUGUAAUUAUGUUAUUGUUGACAAUUACCAUCACAUUUCCUUCUCUUAGGCGAAAGAGAUUGGAGUUUAAAACCAGCGGGUCACAGUUAUUUUUUCUUUUUUUUCUUUCUUUUUAAUUUAAUGAAUAGUUAUCAUACAUAAUGUACUGGUAAUAAAUAUCAAAACCAAAACAAACUGAAAAAAUUAAAAUGUUUAGAUCAACAUAUUUUUAAUUUGGAUAUAUUCAACAAAAAGAAAAGUAGAUAUACUGUGUCUGUGUACAGUGAAUUUUAAGCUACAAUAACUGCUUGAUAUAAAAUCACAUUUCAUGGUUGAACUUUAUCCAAAAGAUGUGUGCUUUCAAAUUUUGCGGAAAAAAAAACUUUUAACUGCACCAACAAAGGGAAGAUCAGUAAACAAGAACAGUACCACUUGUUCAAGGAAAAACUCACUAAUUAUAAGUCAGGAACAUAUCUUUAUCUGUUUAAAAGAACUCUGUAGAAACCUUAGUUAUUGUACAGAUAAUUAAUAGGCAUGAUAACGGCUUUAGUUUCAAUUUAAGCUGUGCUUUAAAUUAUGAUUUGUUAACUGACAAUAUUUUAGGCAAACAAUUUUAAGUCUAUCAAAAAGCUAAUAAAGUGGCUUUAAAUGUAUGGUGUUUU